UUGCUCAAUACAUUAAUAUUGCAUAAAAAUAAAACUAAUGUUUUUCUCACUAUUCUUUAUAUAAUAACUCACAUGUUGCACCUUAUUGUAAUUUGAACUAGUCUCGCCCACUUCCUCACCCUUUUAUUAUUAUUUUUCAAAGAAAAUUUCAAACUACAAUAUCAUUCAAGAAACAACCAUUAUAUAUAAAUCCCAAAUCCAUAUUUCUCUUCAUUACAUUACAUAACAUAUAAAUAUAAAUACUUCUUCAUUCAUAUUCUCUAAACAGGUUCAAGUGUUCAACUAUAGAUAUUCAACUUCCAGAAAAAGUAACAAAACCUUCUCUUCUCUAUUUUUUCUUACAUAAACAAGAAGAUGAAUGAUUUAUUCUCCGGCUCUUUCUCCCGGUUCCGUAACUCGGAUCAAGUUUCGCCGGACAACCACCACCAUGUGAUCGAAAUGUCAUCACCGAACACUGCACAAACCGGUGUUCAUCUCGACAAAUUCUUCGAAGAAGUUGAAGGUGUUAAAGAGGAGUUGAAGGAGCUAGAUCGUCUCUACGAAAGCCUUAGAGUCUCCCAUGAGAGGAGCAAGACCCUUCACAGUGCGAAAGCUGUGAAGGAUAUUCGCUCCAAAAUGGAUGCUGACGUGGCUUUAGCUCUUAAGAAAGCUAAACUUGUUAAACUACGGCUCGAGGCACUUGACCGGUCCAACGAGGCUAGUAGGAGUUUGCCUGGUGCUGGACCUGGUUCGUCCUCGGACCGGACUAGAACAUCUGUGGUGAGUGGUUUGAGGAAGAAGCUUAAGGAUUCCAUGGAUAGCUUUAACAACCUUAGACAACAAAUAUCUUCUGAAUAUAGAGAAACUGUACAACGUAGAUACUAUACCGUUACCGGAGAGAAUCCUGAUGACAAAACCGUUGACCUCCUCAUUUCCACUGGUGAAAGUGAAACAUUUUUACAAAAAGCAAUCCAGCAACAAGGAAGAGCAAACAUCAUGGACACAAUCCAAGAAAUUCAAGAGAGGCAUGACACAGUGAAAGAGAUAGAAAGAAAUCUAAUGGAGCUUCACCAAGUGUUUAUGGACAUGUCUGUUUUGGUUCAAUCACAAGGUGAACAAUUGGAUAAUAUUGAAAGCCACGUGGCACGUGCUAAUUCGUAUGUUAGAGGUGGGGUCCAACAAUUGCAUGUUGCUAGGAAGCACCAAAUGAAUACCAGAAAAUGGACUUGUAUUGCCAUCAUAAUUCUCCUCAUUAUCAUCUUGAUCAUAGUUUUACCUAUUGUCCUUAAAAAAUAGUUGAGACUUUUCAAAUGGGAUAUUUUUAAUAUUAUAAUCUUGGUGGCUAUGACUAGUUCAAAGGUUAUUAUAUUAUUAGUCAAGUCAAUUCAUGCUGCCUUGACAACUAUGGCAUGGUAUUAUAUAAAUAUUUUAUUCAUUGAUUUACUAUUUUCAUAUAUUGGUUGGUUUGGUACAUGUUUGAAGAUUGAGAUAUUCUUUUUAGAUGAUUUCUAGAAACCCCAUGAUGGUCAUGGUCAACUACCUUGAGGAAAAACUAGUCAAGAAUUUUAUCCCAUUUUGGCAUGUGAAUUGGAGGAGAAGGAUAUAGAUGAAUGUUCAUGGUGGUAUAUAUUCUUUUUUGUUUUAUUAAGUUUAUUAAAUUUAUAUGUAUAUGGGUGAAUUACCUAGUUUAUGUGUGGCAGGAGUUCAAUUGUUUUGCGGGUUUAUGUGCCAUUGUACAAAAGAAUUGCACCUUAUAUUCUUUUUUUUUUUUUAUUCAGUUGCAUUUUUGUAUUUUAUUAUAGAUACAUAUAUAGUUGCAUUGUUUAGUUUUA